UGUCCCGGAGCGGACCUGAGAACCUGUUUGCCAAUUGCCACGUUGCGUUUAGCGGGGAAGGUAGACGACGGUGGCGUCAAAUGCUGGUGUUGACUAAAAGUCUCAACAACCACACCGAGCUAACGUAAACUCUCUUAUUUCUCUGCACCAACUCAGCUUACCUACCUCUCUCUCUCUCCCUCUCUCCCUCUUCCUCCUCUUCCUCCUCUUCCUCUUCCUCUUCCUCCUCCCUGUGACCAUCUUCAAUUCAAUGUCUUCGUCUAUGGAACCACUCCAUAAUGAUAAUGUCAUCACCUGCAAAGCUGCGGUGGCAUGGGGACCUGGGGAGCCGCUGGUGCUGGAGGAAGUACAAUUGAGUCCACCACAACCUAACGAGAUUAGGAUCAAAGUCGUCUGUACCUCUCUUUGCCGUAGCGACUUCACCGCUUGGGAAUCUCAGGCUAUUUUCCCUCGGAUAUUUGGCCACGAAGGAUCAGGGAUUGUCGAGAGCAUCGGAGGGGGAGUGACUGAAUUUGAAGAGGGGGAUCAUGUGCUCACAGUAUUCACAGGAGAAUGCAGGACUUGCAGACAGUGUACACACACUAGAAAAAACAACAUGUGCCAAGUACUGGGUUUGGAGAGGAGAGGUGUAAUGCAUAGUGAUCAGAGAACCCGCUUCUCAAUUAAAGGGAAGCCCAUAUACCAUUACUGUGCAGUUUCAAGUUUCAGUGAAUACACAGUGGUGCACACUGGGUGUGCUGUCAAAGUUAGCCCAGCUGCACCUUUGGAGAAAAUAUGCCUUCUCAGUUGUGGAGUAGCUGCAGGUUUGGGUGCAGCGUGGAAUGUUGCUGAUGUAUCUGAAGGAUCAACUGUAGUCAUUUUUGGUCUUGGAACUGUAGGCCUCUCUGUUGCACAAGGUGCUAAACUCAGAGGGGCGGCUCAAAUAAUUGGUGUUGACAGUAAUCCUGAAAAGCAUGAGAAAGCAAAGGCUUUUGGAAUAACACAAUUUAUCAACCCAAAUGACUGCAAGGAACCUAUUCAACAGGUUGUUAAGAGUAUUACAAAUGGAGGGGCAGAUUACUCAUUUGAAUGUGUUGGUGACACUGGAAUGAUUACAACAGCAUUACAGUCUUGCUGUGAUGGUUGGGGAUUAACGGUGACUCUUGGUGUACCAAAAGUGAAACCUGAAAUAUCUGCUCACUAUGGACUGUUUCUUAGCGGAAGAACAUUGAAAGGAUCUCUCUUUGGAGGGUGGAAACCUAAAUCACAACUUCCUUCAUUAGUGGACAUGUAUAUGAAGCAGGAAAUCAAAGUUGAUGACUUCAUCACACACAAUCUGCCAUUUGAAGAUAUCAACACAGCAUUUAAUCUCAUGAAAGAAGGGAAGUGUUUACGUUGCGUAAUCCACAUGCCAAAAUAGUUCUUAGGUUCUCUCUCUAUCUCUCUCAACAAGACAUUAAAAAGGAGGUGGGAGGAGAGUCGAGGUUGGUUGCCUUUUAUUUGAACUUGUAAAAUAUUUGAACUUCAAAGUCUUCAAAGUGAUCUUAUUUAUGUUAAUGGUUUAUAACUCAUCUCUUAUUUCUCA